UUUUUUGCCCAAGUUUGCACCCCGGCAUCGAAACCCCGCGGCCGCAAGAACUAAAAGACACAUACACACUCCAUCCUGCCCAGCUCAAAUAAUUUCCGUAGCGAAACAGAGCAGCCAUGCCCAAACCUAUGUGUUAGAAAAUGCAUUACAGGCUAGCUUUCUUCUUGUUAUCUCGCACCACCCGAACCUCACUUAUACACACACUCUCUUCUUCAUCUAUUUACAAUCUCACCCCUGUUUGUCCACCUCUUUUCAAACUACCAACUUCACCACUUUACAGUCCCUCCUGUCUUUUCGCCGGAAUUGCACUUCUGGGUCGCCGGAAUUUUUCUGGGUAUGCUGUUGAACAGUUCUCCGAUGACGAGUACGAGUGCGAUCACGAGAACCAUCCGGCAUCAUCCUCAGUGGCCAACAUUGACGAGUGGAAAUGGAAACUUAGUUUGCUAUUGCGAAAUGAAAAGGAUAUUGAAAUUAUUUCCAGAGACAAGCGGGAUCGAAGAGACUACGAGCAAAUAUGCAACCUUGCUAAAAGAAUGGGGCUUUACUGUGAAUUGUAUGGAAAAGUGGUUGUUGCAAGCAAAGUGCCUCUUCCCAACUAUAGGCCAGAUCUUGAUGAUAAACGGCCUCAAAGGGAGGUUGUUGUCCCAUUAAGCUUGCAAAGAAAAAUCGAAGGUCUCCUUCAAGAACACUUGGACCGAAUGCAUUUAAUUUCUGGAGAGAUCAACAGCUCGGCAUCCAACAUUGGAGCCAGUGAACUGGAUGAUUAUGUAAAUACAGGUAAAAAUGAUGAUUCAUUUUUAGACAGGUCCGUAAUGGAAAAGAUUCUUAUACGACAGAGCUUGAGGAUGCAGAAUAUGCAGAGAGCUUGGCAGGAGUCACCUGAAGGUAAACAGAUGCUUAAUUUGCGUAGAUCAUUGCCUGCUUACAGGGAAAAGGAUAGGCUGCUUCAAGCAAUUGCGCAAAAUCAGGUCAUAGUGAUAUCUGGUGAGACUGGUUGUGGCAAGACCACUCAACUUCCUCAGUAUAUACUAGAGUCUGAAACAGAAUCUGGCCGUGGGGCAUUUUGUAACAUAAUUUGUACACAACCUCGAAGAAUAUCUGCAAUGGCUGUAGCAGAGCGAGUGUCUACGGAAAGAGGAGAGCCACUUGGCAACACUAUCGGUUACAAAGUCCGGUUGGAAGGAAUGAAAGGUAAAAAUACCCACCUGCUUUUUUGCACAAGCGGAAUCUUGCUAAGAAGGCUCUUGAGUGAUCGCAAUCUUAACGGUGUUACCCAUGUUUUUGUUGAUGAGAUUCAUGAGCGGGGCAUGAAUGAAGACUUCCUAUUGAUUGUGUUGAAGGAACUUCUUCCACGUCGUCGAGAUUUGAGGUUGAUUUUGAUGAGUGCUACUCUAAAUGCUGAGCUAUUUUCCAAUUUUUUUGGAAGAGCACCGGUGAUUCACAUUCCUGGGUUCACACACCCAGUUAGAGCACAUUUUUUGGAAGAUGUGCUAGAAAUAACAGGAUAUAAGCUGACUUCAUUUAAUCAAAUUGAUGACUACGGCCAAGAGAAGGUGUGGAAAACUCAAAAACAGCUUGUGCCAAGGAAAAAGAAAAACCAGAUCAGUGCUCUUGUUGAGGAGUCUCUGAACAAAUCAAGCUUUGAGAAAUAUAGCUCAAGGGCACGUGAUUCACUAUCUUGUUGGUCACCUGAUUGUAUUGGAUUUAAUCUUAUUGAGGCUGUUUUGUGCCAUAUAUGUCGAAAGGAGCGUCCAGGUGCUGUAUUAGUAUUUAUGACUGGCUGGGAGGAUAUUAGUUGUUUAAGGGAUCAAGUUAAAGCCCAUCCUCUUUUGGGAGACCCUAAUAGAGUAUUGUUGCUUACAUGUCAUGGUUCCAUGGCAACCUCUGAACAGAAACUUAUAUUUGAGAAGCCACCUCUAAAUGUACGCAAAAUUGUACUGGCUACAAAUAUGGCAGAGGCAAGUAUUACGAUUAAUGAUGUUGUUUUUGUGGUUGAUUGUGGAAAAGCCAAGGAGACUACUUAUGAUGCCCUAAAUAAUACCCCUUGUUUGUUGCCUUCUUGGAUAUCACAAGCUUCUGCUCGGCAAAGGAGAGGUAGGGCUGGUCGUGUGCAGCCAGGCGAAUGUUACCAUCUAUAUCCUCGAUGUGUUUAUGAAGCAUUUGCUGAGUAUCAACUCCCCGAGCUUCUGAGAACCCCACUAAAUUCUCUUUGCUUGCAAAUUAAAAGUUUGCAGGUUGGCAGUAUUGGAGAUUUUUUGUCAGCUGCUCUGCAGCCGCCAGCACCAUUAGCUGUACAAAACGCUAUUGAUUUUUUGAAGAUGAUUGGAGCAUUAGAUGAGGGAGAAAAUCUUACCCAUCUUGGUGAGUUUUUGGCAAUGCUUCCCUUGGAUCCUAAGCUUGGGAAAAUGUUGAUAAUGGGGGCUAUCUUCCGCUGCUUUGAUCCUAUUCUGACAAUUGUGGCUGGACUUAGCGUUAGGGACCCUUUUCUUUUGCCACAAGAUAAAAAGGACUUAGCAGGAACUGCAAAAGCCAGAUACUCUGCAAAGGACUACAGUGAUCACAUGGCUCUUGUGCGUGCAUUUGAAGGAUGGAAGGAUGCUGAAAGAGAAGGAUCAGCGUACGAGUAUUGCUGGAGGAAUUUUCUUUCUGCUCAGACACUUCAAGCUAUCCAUUCUCUUAGGAAGCAAUUCAACUUCAUCUUAAGAGAUGCUGGACUGCUAGACGCUGAUGCAGGUACUAACAACCGAUUAAGUCACAACCAGUCACUUGUUCGUGCAGUUAUAUGUUCUGGCCUUUUUCCUGGAAUAGCAUCGGUGGUGCACAGAGAGACAUCAAUGUCCUUCAAAACAAUGGAUGAUGGUCAGGUGUUACUUUAUGCGAAUUCUGUGAAUGCACGCUACCAGACAAUUCCAUAUCCGUGGUUGGUCUUUGCAGAGAAGGUGAAGGUUAAUACUGUACUGUUACGUGAUUCAACUGGUGUUUCUGAUUCUAUUCUGAUCCUUUUUGGUGGUAAUCUACACCAUGGAGUCCAGGCCGGACAUCUGAAAAUGUUGGAAGGAUAUAUUGAUUUCUUUAUGGAUCCCAGUAUGGCAGAGUGCUACGUGAAGCUGAAGCAGGAACUUGAUAAUCUACUUCAAAAGAAGCUAAAAGAUCCUGGUCUUGAUAUCCAUAAAGAAGGCAAGUACCUGAUGCUUGCUGUUCAGGAGCUGGUGUCUGGAGAUCAAUGUGAAGGGAGAUUUGUAUUUGGCCGUGAUUGCAAGAAGCCUAAGGAGUGUAGCGACAGUGAUAGGUUUACAAGAGAUGGGGCAAAUCCAAAGAGCCUGCUUCAGACUCUUCUGAUGAGGGCUGGGCACUCUCCUCCGAAGUACAAAACAAAACAUCUAAAAACUAAUGAAUUUAGGGCUCUGGUAGAGUUUAAGGGUAUGCAGUUUGUUGGCAAGCCCAAGAAAAACAAACAACUUGCAGAGAGAGAUGCGGCUAUAGAAGCACUAGCCUGGUUGACGCACACUUCUGACAAACCCGAUGAAGAAGAUAAUUCUCCGCUUGAUGUCACUGACAACAUGCUGAAGCUUCUUGGUAAGCGUAGAAGAUCAAAGGGACGGCCUGGUUGAUGUAUAUGAAAUAAGUUAAACUGAACACAUUACCGAACUGAAUAUAUAUACAACUAAUACAAGGCAACAGUUAAUUUUCUGCUGAAUACUUCUACAAGCACGAAGAAUCCUUAAUUGGAGGCAAAUAUGAUGAAGAGAGUUGAUAUGCACUUACUGGUGCUUGUUUCAAGUUCCAAUGCAUUUUGAUAUGCACCAUCACUCUACAGAGGACGCUCCUUCUGAUAUGCAAGUUCUCCUCACCAGGGUUUGUGAAGCUGGUAGCCUAAUUUGCUUGAUAAUUGGUCAAGGAAAGCUUAUAGAGUGGUCAAAAAGAAGAACGGGAGGAAUGUGACAAAGGUCUUCCUGUUUGACGGGCAGUAUGCUUGUGGUCGAAGGUAGAAGGAAGGCUGGCUUCAGUUUUCGGGUACGAAUGGGAUGUUAUUCAUUAGGGUAUAGAUUAGUCAAGUAACUACAAAAUCAUUAUAAUUCUUAUUAUAUGAACUAUAUUAUCUGUAAAUGUAAGAGGGGUGAGAAUUCGUGCCUAAAGGGAAGGGUAAUUUAAUAGCUUGCACUGAAUUUUCAUUUUAUACUGUACUCCAGAGUUUUUGGCUGAUGAAAAGGUGACACGAGAAAUAAAAAGAAUGUAAAAACUAUUUCUAGUA